UUGAUUCACUUUGGAGCUGUAAGUACUGAUUAUUAGGGUGCAGCGCUCAUUGUACAGUGACGCAGGAUCCCACAAUGAGUAUCCAAGAGCAGGGUUUCCCUUUGGACCUUGGAGCGAGUUUCACCGAAGAUGCCCCCCGACCCCCAGUGCCUGGUGAGGAGGGCGAACUGGUGUCCACAGACCCCAGGCCCAUCAGCCACAGCUUCUGCUCCGGGAAGGGUGCCGGGGUUAAAGGUGAGACUUCAGCAGCCACACCAAGGCGCUCGGAUCUGGACCUGGGGUAUGAGCCUGAGGGCAGCGCCUCCCCCACCCCGCCAUACUUGAAGUGGGCCGAGUCGUUGCACUCGUUACUGGACGAUCAAGAUGGGAUAAACCUGUUUAGGACUUUCCUGAAGCAGGAGGACUGUGCUGACCUGCUGGACUUCUGGUUCGCCUGCAGCGGCUUCAGGAAGCUGGAGCCCUGUGACUCGAAUGAGGAAAAGAGGCUGAAGUUGGCCAAAGCCAUUUACCGCAAAUAUAUCCUCGAUAACAACGGCAUCGUAUCCAGGCAAACCAAGCCAGCUACCAAGAGCUUCAUAAAGGACUGCAUCAUGAAGCAGCUGAUAGAUCCUGCCAUGUUUGACCAGGCCCAGACGGAGAUCCAGUCCACCAUGGAAGAAAACACCUACCCCUCCUUCCUCAAGUCUGAUAUUUAUUUGGAAUAUACGAGGACAGGCUCGGAGAGCCCAAAGCUCUGUAGUGACCAGAGCUCUGGGUCGGGGACAGGGAAGGGCAUACCUGGAUACCUGCCCACUUUGAAUGAAGAUGAGGAAUGGAAGUGUGACCAGGACCUGCACGAAGACAGCGGCAGAGACCCUGCUCCCCCCGGCAGGCUCACGCAGAAGCUGCUUCUGGAGACGGCUGCCCCGCGGGCCUCCUCAAGUAGACGGUCCAGCGAAGGCAGAGAAUUCAGGUGCGGGUCCUGGCGGGAGCCUGCCAACCCCUACUACGUCAGCUCCGGCUACGCCCUCGCCCCGGCCACCAGUGCCAACGACAGUGAGCAGCAGAGCCUAUCCAGUGAUGCCGACAGCCUGUCCCUCACCGACAGCAGCGUGGAUGGAGUCCCGCCGUACAGGACCCGUAAGCAGCACCGCCGGGAGAUGCAAGAGAGCGUCCAGGUCAACGGGCGGGUGCCCCUACCUCACAUCCCUCGCACUUACCGAAUGCCAAAGGAAGUCCGCGUGGAGCCCCAGAAGUUCGCCGCGGAGCUCAUCCACCGCCUGGAGGCCAUCCAGCGGACACGGGAGGCCGAGGAGAAGCUGGAGGAGCGGCUGAAACGCGUCCGGAUGGAGGAAGAAGGUGAGGAUGGUGACAUGCCCUCUGGUCCCCCGGGGGCCCCUCAUAAGCUGCCUUUGGCCACAGCCUGGCACCACUUCCCGCCCCGCUAUGCAGACGUGGGCUGCGUGGGUCUGCGGGACGCGCACGAGGAGAACCCUGAGAGCAUCCUGGAUGAGCAUGUGCAGCGGGUCAUGAGGACGCCGGGCUGUCAGUCGCCGGGGCCCGGCCACCGUUCCCCUGACAGCGGGCACGUGCCCAAGAUUGUGGGGGUCCUAGGGGGCGUGCCCCCUGGGCACAGUAAGCACGCACCUAAGUCCGGGGUGAAGCUGGACGCAGCCGGCCCACACCUGCACAGGCACGGCCACCACCACAGUCACCACGGGGCGGCCAGGCCCAAGGAGCAGGCUGAGGCUGAGGCCUCCCGCCGCAUCCCGGGCAGCUUCUCUUGGGGCCCGGAGCUGCACGGCCACACAGCCAAGCCCCGUAGCCACUCAGAGAGCGUGGGCACCGCCCCCAAUGCGAGCGACAGCCUGGCCUACAGCGGGAAGUCUGGCACUGCCUCCAGAAGAAACGCCAAGAAGGCGGAGUCAGGGAAGGGCGUGGGAGCCGAGGUGCCUGGCCCCUCGGAAGACGCGGAGAAGAACCAAAAGAUCAUGCAGUGGAUCAUCGAGGGGGAGAAGGAGAUCAGCCGGCACCGCAAGGCUGGCCACGGGUCUUCCGGUGCCAAGAAGCAGCAGGUGCACGAGAGCCCCAGGCCCUUGUCCGUGGAGCGUCCCGGGGCCGUGCACCCUUGGGUCAGCGCUCAGCUUCGCAACUCCGUCCAGCCCUCUCACCUCUUCGUUCAAGACCCCACCAUGCCACCCAACCCAGCCCCCAACCCUCUGACCCAGCUGGAGGAGGCCCGCAGGCGCCUGGAGGAGGAAGAGAAGAGAGCCAGCAAAUUACCCUCAAAGCAGAGGUAUGUGCAGGAGGUCAUCCAGCGGGGGCGCUCCUGUGUCAGGCCAGCGUGCACACCUGUGCUGAGCGUGGUGCCAGCCGUGUCCGACUUGGAGCUCUCGGAGACAGAGUCGAAGUCGCAGAGGAAGGCGGGCAGUGGGAGCGCCCAGCCGUGUGACAGCAUCGUGGUGGCCUAUUACUUCUGCGGGGAGCCCAUCCCGUACCGGACCCUGGUGCGGGGCCGAGCCGUCACUCUGGGCCAGUUCAAGGAGCUGCUGACCAGGAAGGGCAACUACAGAUACUACUUCAAGAAGGUGAGCGACGAGUUUGACUGCGGCGUGGUGUUUGAGGAGGUUCGGGAAGAUGAGACCGUCCUGCCGGUCUUCGAGGAGAAGAUCAUCGGCAAGGUGGAGAAGGUGGACUGA